UUCUCAGGACAAAUCCCAGAGAGUUUGAGCUCAUGUGUAUCUUUGAUUGCCUUAAACUUGUCUUCGAAUUGGUUUUCUGGAAGUUUACCAUCUGGAAUUUGGUCUUUGCCUUCCUUAAGGUCACUUGAUCUGUCAGACAAUUUUCUCAAGGGUGUGAUUCCAAAGGGCAUUGGAGGUCUCAAGAAUCUGAGAGAGAUUAAUUUGAGGAAAAAUCAAAUCUUGGGUAAAUUACCUCCCGAAAUAGGAGACUGUCUACUACUUAGAUCAAUUGAUUUUAGCCAAAAUUCCCUUUCUGGUACGCUUCCUAUCUCAUUUCAGCACCUAAGAAUGUGUAAGCGAUUGGUGUUGAGAAGAAACACACUUUCUGGUGAUAUUCCAGAAUGGAUUGGAGAAAUGAAAAGCCUUCAGACAUUAGACCUUUCAGAAAACACCUUUUCUGGCCAUAUCCCAACUUCCAUAGAAAAGCUUCAGUCUUUGAACAC